AUGGUGGCUGAGGUUUGUUCAAUGCCCACUGCCUCUGCUGCGAAGAAGCCAUUUGAUCUCAGGAGCAAGAUGGGCAAGUGGUGCUGCCACUGCUUCCCCUGCUGCAGGGGGAGCGGCAAGAGCAACGUGGGCGCUUCUGGAGACCAGGGCAACUCCGCUGUGAAGACGCUCAGGAGCAAGAUGGCGAAGUGGUGCUGUCACUGCUUCCCCUGCUGCAGGGGGAGCGGGAAGAGCAACGUGGGCGCUUGGGGAGUCUACGACGACAGCGCCUUCAUGGAGCCGAGGUACCACGUCCGUCAAGAAGAUCUGGACAAGCUCCACAGAGCUGCCUGGUGGGGUAAAGUCCCCAGAAAGGAUCUCAUCGUCAUGCUCAGGGACACUGACAUGAACAAGAGGGACAAGCAAAAGAGGACUGCUCUACAUUUGGCCUCUGCCAAUGGAAAUUCAGAAGUAGUAAAACUCCUGCUGGAUAGACAAUGUCAACUUAAUGUCCUUGACAACAAAAAAAGGACAGUUCUGAUAAAGGCCAUACAAUGCCAAGAAGAUGAAUGUGCGUUAAUGUUACUGGAACAUGGCACUGAUCCAAAUAUUCCAGAUGAGUAUGGAAAUACUGCUCUACACUAUGCUAUCUACAAUGAAGAUAAAUUAAUGGCCAAAGCACUGCUCUUAUACGGUGCUGAUAUUGAAUCCAAAAACAAGUGUGGCCUCACACCACUUUUGCUUGGCGUACAUGACCAAAAACAGCGAGUGGUGAAAUUUUUAAUCAAGAAAAAAGCUAAUUUAAGUGCACUUGAUAGAUAUGGAAGAACUGCCCUCACACUUGUUGUAUGUUGUGGAUCAGCAAGUAUUGUCAGCCUUCUACCUGCACAAAAUAUUGAUGUAUCUUCUCAAGAUCUAUCUGGACAGACGGCCAGAGAGUAUGCUGUUUCUAGUCAUCAUAAUGUAAUUUGUGAAUUACUUUCUGACUACAAAGAAAAACAGAUGCUAAAAAUCUCUUCUGAAAACAGCAAUCCAGAACAAGACUUAAAGCGGACAUCAGAGGAAGAGUCACAAAGGCUUAAAGUCAGUGAAAAUAGCCAGCCAGAGAAAAUGUCUCAAGAGCCAGAAAUAAAUAAGGACUGUGAUAGAGUGGUUGAAGAAGAAAUAAAGAAGCAUGGAAGUAAUCCUGUGGGAUUACCAGAAAACCUGACUAAUGGUGCCAGUGCUGGCAAUGGUGAUGAUGGAUUAAUUCCACAAAGGAAGAGCAGAACACCUGAAAAUCAGCAAUUUCCUGACACUGAGAAUGAAGAGUAUCACAGUGAUGAACAAAAUGAUACCCAGAAACAGCUUUCUGAAGAGCAGAACACUGGAAUAUCACAAGAUGAGAUUCUGACUAAUAAACAAAAGCAGACAGAAGUGGCUGAAAAGAAAAUGAAUUCUGAGCUUUCUCUUAGUCAUAAUGAAGAAAAAGAUCUCUUGCAUGAAAAUAGCAUGUUGCAGGAAGAAAUUGCCAUGCUAGACUGGAACUAG